ACUUCCGUCUUGCUUGAGUGUUUAAUCUUGGAUUAUGGCGCAGGUGACAAAAGGACGUCUCGCACCCUUUUAUCAUCUCCUAUUCGAUGGCUAAUCCUUCCGACCGCAGUGGCUUGCCUGAGGCAUUCAGCGCCAUCGAGGGUGGUUCUACAGAAGAAAAGAUAUCCGCUCAUAUAAAUGUUGCACAGACGGGCACACUAGACAUGCUGGAGGAAAGGUCCGACUAUGCAGAGGGGAAAUGGCAUGCUUGGAGUACGGUGUUUGGUGCAUGGCUUAUACAGUUUUGCGCUGUUGGAAUCAUCACAUCCUUUGGUGUUUUCGAGGAGUUCUAUACUACAACGUGGCUCACGAAGAUGUCCGCUUCGAGCAUUAGUUGGAUCGGUAGCGCACAAAUAUUCUUGGAAUAUUCUAUAGCACCUUUCGCAGGCAAGCUUCUUGAUCACGGCUAUUUUCGCAGUAUUGUUAUUACAGGUUGCUUCCUCUUCGUGCUUAGUCUCGCCCUGUUGUCUCUGGCGCAAGAAAACCAAUACUAUCAGGCUUUUCUGGCACAAGCUAUCGGAAUGGGACUUGGCGUUGGAAUACUGUUUCUUCCAACAUCUUUGGUGUCAAUCAAACACUUCAGAAGCGGACAUGCUUUCGUGAUCGGAAUCGUCGACUCGAGUAUCUCUCUUGGCGGAGUCAUCUUCUCAAUCAUGUUGAAUUAUCUUCUGCAUGGAAGUGUUGGCUUUGCUUGGGGUGUCCGCAUAGCAGCCCUCAUUACGCUGGUCUGUUUCGUGAUCGGUUAUCUCAUGAUGUACUGGCCCAAGAAGCCGUUUGGUGGUCAGACAUUCGCACCUGCCGACACACAUUCUCUCGGACUACGCCAUUUUAGUCAACGCGACCUCCCUUACAUCUUAACCCUGUGUCAAGGGUUUAUUAUGUCACUCGGGACGUUUGUUCCCUCCUUCUACGUCCAGCUUUUCGCAGAGAUGCACGGCACAAGCAAAACGCUCUCUUUCUAUGCUCUAGCUGUUCUGAAUUUCUCUGGCAUGUUCGGACGCAUCGCUCCGAACUAUGUCGGUGAUAGGGUUGGACUUCUGAACGUCUACAUUCCACGUCUGACGCUCACAGGCGUUCUCUGCUUUGCUAUGUUGGCUGCCGGCACACCGCAAGGGUUGUUUCUCUUCGCGAUCUUCUAUGGGUUUUUCUUUGGCGCCACCAACUCGAUGUAUUUGCCACUUGUGACAUCAGUGACAGCGGGCGGAACACGAAUCGGAUUCUCUCUCGUACCCCCCGCGGUGGCAGCAUUGGUAGGACCCCCAAUUGCUGGUAGCAUUCUCGGUCCCCAUUAUGUGUGGUGGCAGGGAAUCACCUUUGCUUCGGUGACAAUGCUUGCUGCCACCGGCAUUUGUAUAUGGAUCAAGGUUCUGACCGAUAGAGCGAAGACCUCACAUUGGACGACGAGCAACCGAGACUAGUUCUUCACUCCAUGGUUGAAUGUUCGACCCCUAUUGCGAAUGCCAUAGGAUGUUCACGUGCACGUCGAACGUUUCUAGUUAAAUCAGCUCGUGCAACUGUUGUCCCGUUGAAAUCUCUUUGCAGAUACCUUGCAUUGCUCAAUGGAAGAUGUCUGCUUAGACAGCUUGAAGCAAUAAACGAUAGCAAACUGAAAGACGGAAUUUGAAAUGAGCUUUGGAAAUCGGAGGAAGUGUGGCGUCAUGGACAAGGUUAGACAUAUGCGACACUGUCCAUUCCUUGCGGUCAGAACACUCAGUCAAAUUCGGGCGCCUGAUAAGGGAAGGGUAUGCUUUAUGUGUGCUUCUGAAAUGUCCUCUUUCCCACAUAUAAAUAGACCGUGCACGUAGGACCCAACUUC